GCUGACGUGGCAAGUUCCUGGCCGCUAGUUCAUUGCAUGCUUGCUGGCUAUGGCGAAUAAAUUCUUCUCUCGGUGAUUAGGGUUUUGUGGAUCCGGCAAGGGCAAUGGCAGCGGCAGGAGCGGCGCUUGCUCCCAUCAUUGAGAAUCGGCUGCUGUUGCCGCCAAAUGCUGGGCGGAUCCGGUGCUCUUCAUCAGCUCGAGGCGCCCUUGUCGUUAGAGGAGCUGCAUUGAGCGAGGAAUCGAGGAAGAACAGGAGCUCUGCGCUAAAAGCUGUCGCGGUGAAAGGUGAAGCUCCGAAUCUGACCACUGCGAAAUCCGGUCACGAGAUCUUGCUCUUCGAUGCUCUUCGCGAAGGUCUCGAGGAAGAGAUGGCAAGAGAUCCCACAGUGUGCGUCAUAGGCGAAGAUGUCGGUCACUACGGAGGCUCCUACAAAGUCACCAAGGGACUGGCCGAGAAGUUUGGCGACUUGCGCGUCCUCGACACGCCCAUUUGCGAGAACUCUUUCACGGGGAUGGGGAUUGGAGCUGCCAUGACGGGACUCAGGACAGUGGUGGAAGGCAUGAACAUGGGAUUCUUGCUGCUGGCUUACAACCAGAUCUCCAACAACGCGGGAAUGCUCCACUAUACUUCGGGUGGCCAGUUCAAGAUCCCGAUCGUUAUCAGAGGUCCCGGUGGAGUGGGAAAGCAGCUUGGAGCCGAGCACUCACAGCGCUUGGAGUCGUACUUCCAGUCGGUCCCGGGCUUGCAAAUGGUGGCGUGCUCCACUCCUUACAACGCGAAGGGACUGAUGAAGGCCGCGAUCCGGAGUGACAACCCAGUGAUCCUCUACGAGCACGUCCUUCUCUACAAUCUCAAGGAGAGGAUCCCCGACGAGGAGUAUGUGCUUUGUCUCGAGGAAGCCGAGCUUGUUCGUCCGGGAAAGGACGUCACCAUUCUCACGUACUCGAGGAUGCGGCACUUCGUUCUCCAAGCUGCCAAGACUCUGGUGGAGAGAGGCUAUGAUCCGGAGAUCAUCGACAUCAGGUCGCUGAAGCCUUUCGAUCUCUUUACGAUUGGAAACUCGAUCAAGAAGACGCACAAGGUUCUCAUCGUGGAGGAGUGCAUGAGAACUGGCGGGAUUGGAGCGAGCUUGAGAGCUGCGAUUGUUGACAACUUCUGGGACUUCCUCGACGGCCGGCCCGAGUGUUUGUCAUCGCAGGACGUGCCGACGCCAUACGCUGCGACGCUGGAGGACGCGACGGUGGUGCAACCGGCACAGAUUGUGGUGAAAGUGGAGCAAAUGUGCCAAGGACUUGUCUAGAACUAGGAGAAAAAGAGAGUUUUUUUUUAUCGUUUCUCGUCUAAUCAAACAAUAAGAUCCAUUCUUUUUUUCUCGAAA